UGUUAUUGCUGCUUUCUUACACAGCAACUGAGCUUUGGAAUCAUGGCUGGGAUUUUGAAUGAAUUUGAAACCAGCUCAGAGGCUACUGCAUGCAGUCAAGAGCAACAAGACAAUGCCAGCUGGGAGAAGUAUUUGGAAAGGAAAAACCUCGUUGUGCAAACCCUGCACACUGACCUGAGCCUCCACCACCUCCAGGACCAGCAGAACAAGGCUGAGCUGCUGAAGAAAUGUUACUUUUACCUGGAGGUUGAGCCCACACACGUGAGCGUGAUACAAGAGAACGACUUGAUAUUUCACACUGACAUCUUCCAACUAAUAGACCCCUGCCGCUUCCAGAAGGUGCGGGAGGUGGGGAAAAAACAGACUGAAAUCCUGCUGUUGCUUUCAGCUGAGCUGCUGGAACAGCUGGAACGAGGUCGGGAGGAGCUGAUCUGUUACAUAGAGACCUGCGACAUGGGAACUUUCCUCUCCCAGUGGGACUUGAUAAGGCAGAGAAUGUUUAAGCUCUCACAGUAUAUGAAAACUCUCCUUUCCUUGAAAGUGCCAGAAAAUCUCUACGUCAAGCACCAUUUGGUGUCACACGCAGAUCUUGGAGGCCUUGGACUCCCCAACAUCAGCCUCACUCUCCGUACAAAGAAGCCACUGAUUUUUGAUCGAAAAGAAUCAUUUGCAUGCAAGGACCGUGCCAAGCUCAAGUGGUGCACUGAAAACCCAGAGUCACACCUUGAAAAAUAUGAGCUGCACUUCCAGCUACUGACUGGGAGUCAGACAGAGAUGGGAUACCGUGGGUGUCACGUUGUCUCCUCUGACACCUGCAUGGUGCAGAACCUGCAGCCUGGCAGAACAUACAAAUUCACGAUUAGAAGACCAGUCACUCACACAUUUGUCUUGGAAGAAUGGCACGACAGCAUUAUAUUGAAGACAAAAACCUGAUGCUGUUGAAGACUCUUGUGCACCAGGAGGAUGAGGUGACACCCAACAACAUUUUUCUCAUGUUAUCUAUUUGAAAAAGAUUAAUGAGAAAAAUUAAACCUUAAGCGUGCACAAAACUGAACGUGGUCUGUUUUCAACCACAGCUGUACAAGCACCUUCCCCAAAUCUUUCCAGCUUAACAGUGACCCAUUCCAAAUUUUUCACACAAAACAACAUCCAUAGGCUGAAUUUGGGACUCAACGCUUCACUUCCUGCUGCCAGACCUGUCAGAUGGGAGCAGCUGGAAGCAGGCAGCCUUGCAGG